CAGUAAAGCUAGAGAAAGGUUGGAACUAAUUGCAAAAGUUUGGUUUUUGAUGCUGCAUGAAAGUACAUACUUAUAGCUAUUUCCAGAAAAAAAUCGCCGUCCGUAGGUGCUAAGGGAUUUUCUCUACGGGCCGUUAAACUUUACGUAAAAAUUUUCAUUGUUACAUAGAAUUCGGAACUUUUAAUGGCGCUAACUGUACACCUUAGUGACGUCAUUGGGUACAUGUCAACAAGUUACAGCCGCCAUUUUUUUAAAACUCGAUGCAACCUUUGGUUUGAAUUGCCAUUUUCCAAAAGAAUUAUCGAGAUGUGAACAAAGUUCAGACUCUAGUUUCAUGGUAUGUGCCUACAGGAUGGAUUGGUGGUUGGAAACAAGUACAUUCAUGUUGCUGAAGAUCUUUUCAAGUUUGAUUACAAUGUAGACCUAUGGUGUGUGAAUGAAUUCCAGUUCACUGACAGUGUUUGUUUGGACCCUGCUAUUUAUAUCAUCUGGAUUUGUUCAGUUGUUCUAUGUUGAUCCAGGUGAUAUUUGUGGAGGUGAUGCUUACUCCAGCAUAAUGGCAGAACCAAUGGACAUAUCAUCAGAUGAUAAAAGCUGUCCUAUCUGCGACGAACUUUUAAAGAAUGGAUCGCCCACAGUUGUGAUACGUGAAAAGGGAGCAAUUAACAUCAACAGAGCCAGUGCACAGAGAAAUUCGAAUAUAACCGUGAAAUCUGGUGAUUCAGUUCACAGAGACUGUAGAAGGGAUUUUAUAGACUUGAGAAAUGUAAAGACAGAUAAUAGUGGAUAUGCAUGUGACUCUUUGACAACAAGAUCCAGUUGUACAACUUUCGAUUUUAAAUCUAAUUGUUUCUUCUGCACUCACAAAUGUAAUAAAAUAUGUAGUGAAGUUCACAGAGUCGAACAAUUUUAUUUUACUGCAACUAUAAAAGAGUUAUGUAAUAUAAGAAAUGACUCGUGGGGUAAUGAGGUUCAUGCUAGGUUGGUAUCAGUCCUUGAUUUGCAGGCUGCUGAAGCAAUUUACCAUCAAGUGUGCAAUGUAAACUUUCGUACUUUUAAGCAGGUGCCUGACAGGUUUGCAAAAGAUGAAAAAAAACAAGAAAUCACCAGGAAGACCACAGUGUACAGAAUUGCUGGAAGGAUUUAA